AUGCCAGAUGAUUUCGGUUAUCUCGCAUAUUUUGCAGCAUGUUUUGGCUUCAUUCAAUGCCUAGGAAGUCCAAAGAGUGAAAAGUCUGUUGCGAUUGUAGGAGCAGUAUCACCACUGGGUGGUGAUUUCGCAAAUCCAGUCACCACAGCAACAUUUAGUAUCGUUCUUUUGGAACCUUGA